AUGCUGCAAGGCGUUGACCUCGCGACCGCUCCGAGUCGCUGCGCUGCGGUGGGCAAAGCGCUAGGGAAGAGGAAGCAAACUGCCUAUGAAGUCCGGAAGGAACGCAAGCGCGCGCUGGUGGAGCAGGUGGACACGAUACAGAGAACCGUGGACCAGCUCAAGCUCCAGUUGCUGACGCAUCAGGGCAACGCCGACCAGGCCGUAAAACGCACCGAGGCGGAGAACAAAGUGCUGCUGCAGUUCAUUCAAGAGCAGCACUUGGCGCUGGCCAAGACACAAGCGGCACCAGCUGUUCACGCUCAACGGAGUUUGACUUUGCUCCAGCCAACGCAGUGUGUCGUCCGGUUAGGAAGAAAUCAUACUGAGCGGUACAACACGUUGAUGACACUCAAGAAUCCAAUGCUGGACAGAACUGAGAGAUAUCUCGCAGCAAGAAGUCGGGGACUUAAUCCACUAUCGGCCUACUGCCAGGAAGAAAGGCUCGACUCGGCUCGUGGCGACUAUUGCAUCGUGCGGUUUGAGACGGUGCCAGUAUUUGGUGUGAGCACCAGGGAGGUGUUCGAUGCGAUCCUCCGCUCAGUGCUGAACGCGGAGAUUUUCCUCUCGGAGAUGUUAGGCUGCGUCGCCAUCCGGGAGGACAGCGACUUCGAGACGUCCGACUUCGCGCAGCUUCGACUGGUUACGUUGACGUCUCCAGGGACGAAGGUCGAGUCGAAUACGGUCGUGUUCUCGCGGUUUGUCGAAGGUGGCGAAAGUGGAGAAGGCAGUUAUGGGGUUAUGGCCUCGGACUUUGUGGACUCUGACGAGCUGCACCCGUAUCGGACUGCAGAGCGUGUGAGGAGAGACACCACUACGCUUGUUACCGCGCGAGCAAUCCCACGAGUGACUGGUGAUUCACCGGACGUCGUUAUCACGCGCUGGACGUGUUUGAAGAUCCACCACAAGAGUAAGAAAAUCUCCCAGGAUCCCGAGAAGGAACUACAGGAGAGCUCCGUGUGCUGGGGCGAUACAGCUCAAAAGUGUAUUCAGCAGCAACUUGCUCAUGCAGCCACCGUCAAUACCGCCUCGUUACAUUAG